AAGCAUUCUUGGAACGAUCAACAACUUCUCAACGUCUUUGCCAAACAACCUUCGCUACUCUAACUUGAUAACCUCCUCCUCCAACAAUGAAGACCACACCUCUUGUUCUCCUCUCUCUUGGGGUUCUUUCCAGCGCCGGGCCUGUCCCCGAGGGCAUUCAUCCUGUCCGUGAGGUAGCAGCAGUCGACACUCAUGGUCUCGCCCGUGCCAAUGGUCAUGACUCGGCAAGCUCCCAUCGCAAGGGUAAAUCCCUGGGUGCUCGGAACCGCCGUACCAGACGCGGCCAGCGUCAGUUUCGCCGCGAUGAUAACUGGACUGACGAUGACGAUGCCACCGACGAUGAGCAGCCUACCCCUGUUCCGGCUCCAGCUCCGGCUCCGGCUCCGACUCUGAGCCAUCCCCACGAAGAGCAGCACUGGACCGACGACGAUGGCCAUUACACCAGCUGUGACGAGUUCCCGGACAAUGAGAAAUGCUCUAGGCUUCCUCGUGCCCACACUACUCAGACCCCAGCGUCGGUUGCUACGACGAGCGUGAAUACUUCUCAGCCGACUACAAAGCCUCUUGGUCAUGGAGACGACACUGACAAUCCUGACUGGAAGACCGACUGUGACUCGGACUGGACUGAUGACGGGGAGCAUGAGCGAUGCAAGAGCAAGACAAAGAUCGCUCCCACUACUACUGCUGUGAAGAAGACCCCUUCUUCUACUGCUGUCCACGUCACGACUGCUCGAUCUCCCGAUGACGACACCGAUAAUCCAGAUUAUCUGACCGACUGCGACUCGGACUGGACCGACGAUGGCGAGCACGAGCGCUGCAGGGCCAGAAACAAGACCCUGGGCGCCAACCCAACCAAGGUCUUGACUAGAGUACAGGCCCCAGGUACCACGGUUUCUGCGGCUGCAAGUCUUCCAACUGAAGAUACCGACACUGAUAACCCGGAUUAUCUCACCGACUGCGAUUCGGACUGGACCGAUGACGGAGAGCGGGAGCGCUGCAGAACCAGAGUUGUGUCAGUUACCCCUACUGCCACUGGCUCUCCUACUGCCCCCGACAAUGAGCCUGUAGAGAUCACCAAUGGGGCAGCCGGCCAUCCUGAGGGCGCCAAGCAUGCUGUUGCCAUGGCUGGCCUCGUUGCUGCCGUUGCUUUUGUUCUGUGA